GAAUAUUUAUAUACAGAUAUAGAUUAUUUUAUACAGUAUUCCCUUUGGAUGAACAAAUCUGCAGGCAUGGCAAAAUAUUUGCUGCUUAUUAAUCUGAUUUUUAUAAUGUUGAUGGACGCCAGUGAAGGGGCUUGGGUCAAUUCUAAAGUUGGUCGUUCGAUAGACCUUAAGACUCACAUUGUGAAAAUAACUACAAGCGUUACUAUGCGAAAUGAUGGAUCUUCAUCUGAAAGUGAAAUCGCUGUUCACGUAGAGCCAGAUCUGUUCGAUAAGCUUGCCUUUUUGGAAGUAAAUUUGGUUGAUGGAGAAAACAAUCCACUCAGUCUCGGCAAGAAAGGAAAGGGAAUAUACUCAGUCACUCUACCCAAAGCCUGUGUUGCUGGAGAUUCUGUCAGCCUGUCCAUUGAGGAAUACUUUACCCACUCUUUGAAAGCGUUUCCUGAAGAAAUAUCUCAAUCUCAGAAACAAUUGGUGACAUAUAACGGGAAUCAUUUGUUUUACUCUCCAUACAUGACUGAGUCCCAGACUACAACGGUAGAAUUGUUUUCUAAUGUUGUUGAAAAUCAUUCCAAAUUAGGAAAAACUGAGAUCCAGGACAGCACAAUAAAGUAUGGAGGAUCUGAAGAGUAUGACAAUGUCAAGUCUUUGUCUCAAAGUUCAAUGACAUUGCAUUUUGAGAACAACAGCCCCUUUCUCGUUGUUACCAAAAUGACCAGAGUUAUUGAACUAUCACAUUGGGGUGUUAUAUCUGUGGAAGAAACCUUGGAUAUUCGACAUACUGGUGCCAAGUUCAAGGGCUCAUUCAGUCGAUAUGAUUAUCAAAGAUUGCCAAAUAGUGGAAUAUCUGCAGUCAAGUCAUUCAAAACAAUCUUACCAGCAUCAUCGUCAGAUGUGUAUUACAGAGAUGAGAUAGGAAACAUAUCAACAUCCAACCUUAUAACUAAUGAUGAUUCUGUUGAAGUGGAAAUCAGACCUCGUUUCCCACUUUUUGGUGGAUGGAAGACUCAUUAUUACAUCGGAUAUAAUCUCCCAAGUUAUACUUAUCUUUACAAAACAGGUGACCUACUAGCCCUAAGAAUGAGAUUUGUUGACCAUGUUUAUGAUGAUAUGGUGAUUGAUGACUUGGCUGUUAAAUUAAUUCUUCCGGAAAGUUCAAAGCAGAUAAGUGUAUCGCUACCCUAUGAAGCGGAGCGUUUGGAAGACACUUUGCAUUACACUUAUUUGGAUACUGUUGGAAGGCCAGUGAUCACUUUCAAAAAGAAAAAUGUACUGGAACAACAUAUUCAGGACUUUACUCUGUCCUACAAUUUCAAUCCUAUGAUGUUGAUUCAAGAACCUCUAUUGAUUGUCAGUGCAUUUUUCAUUCUGUUCUUCACUGUAAUCAUCAUUGUAAGACUUGAUUUUUCCAUCACACAUGACAGUGUAUCAGAAGCAAAAAUGAGAGUGCAGGGUGUUAUUGAACAGGUCCAGGCACAACACUCCAAAAGAAUAAUCUGUUACAACUCCUAUGAAACUGCCAUCAAAGAUUUCAAGGCCAACAAAGAUUCGUCUGCAUUUGCCAACUCCCGUAAGUCGAUUGAUAAAUCUCACAAAGAAACAACAACUACAAUUAAUGGACUGAUGUCUAAACUUCGAGAAGAUGGACCUGAUGUGCACGAGAAGGAAGUUUUAGACAGAAAGAAGGUUGGAAGAAGGAGAGAUGGCAAAGAUCGUCAUAUAUUUCCCAGUCCAGGAUUGAGACAGUUAGAUGUGAAAUAUGCAAAAAGAGAUGCAGUGGUUUCUGACGUGAUGAGGAUGGAUCAGAAACUUAUGGAAAAAUACAACCGUAGCAUCCAACUAGCUGAGCAACUUGUAUCCAAACGGCUUACCAAAGAGAAGUAUGUUCCGGAGGAUCAGAAAAAUCAGCAUUCCAUUGAUGAAAUCCGAGAAAAAUUGGAUUCUUUAUGUGAUAAUCUGUAACAAAGUUGUCAGUAUUUCGGUUCCUUGGAAAUGAAUAUUUUGGCACCAUUUGUAUGUUUUCCUAGGUAAAAAAGUUCAUCAAAUAGAAAAAAUUUCAGCUA